CGUGACGUUCACGCUUCGCGCGAAGCCUUCUGGGAACUGUAGUGUGAGUCUCCCUGGCGCACGUUUCCUCAGGGCGCUCCUCUGCCGGAGGAGACCGGCUCUUUGGAAGAUGGUGUCUCUCGUGGAAAGUAUAAACACCCUGGGAUAGAAGGGGUAAGCGAAGAAUCGAGCGGCCGGGGGCCAGGGAUAUCGCUGACUUCGGAGCCGUCGCAACCUUCCAUACUCCGGGAUUCCGCCGCCGGGGAAGAGCGCGCCGGCGAGUCCCGGCCGGGCAGCGGCUGCGGUGCUUCCUCGCCGGAGUUCGGCGGCGAAAGGGAGCGCUUUCUCGGUGGCACCGUGUUCGCUGAAGCUCAGAGGACCCGUGGGGCUGAGCCCGAUGCUGCCGGGAUCGCGGGGACCGUCUUCCCUCCCGCGCUCCCGCGCUGGCCGCCGCCUCAGCGCGCCUGUCGCUCGCAACCUUUGAACUCCGCACCCUGCGGGUUCACCGGGAGUCGACCCGCCGCUUGCCAACAGCCAAGCCUCUCCCGUUAGUUAAAUGGCUUCGCCAAGGUCACUCAGAGGGGGCCGAGGCCUCUCUUUAUUCAAAUCAUCGUGUGGUCUACACGUUGAGUGUGCAAGCUGUGUGGUGGAAGACUUAGUGUCAUCCUAAUGGAAAGCAAACCUGUUACCUUGUCACCAGCAGAUUGCACUUGGCUACUAGUUGCAGAUGGCUUUCAAUAUCUAAGAAAUUUUGCAAUAUAAAGUUAAAAAAACCUGUUUUUCCUAGACUCUGGUUAUAAAUAUGUUUCGUGUAAGAGCUAUUUCAACAUUCCCCUGGAGAGUGUUUCAGUUUCGACCCUUCAGUUGUGAAUCAUUAAUUGUUAAGAUGAAUAACUGCACAGAUGAAGAGCAAGUCUUUGAUCUUAUUGAAAGAAACAAAGCCACACUUACAGAAGAGCAAGUGGGAUGUGCAUUUAGUACACUUUGGAGAUUUCAAAAGCAGAAGAUCAACUUGUUAAGAAAUGUUGAGAGUGUCAGAGACCAUCCAAAAUUUCUUACUCUUCAUAAUUUAGCUACAAGUAAAAUCAAAUUAAUGAAUGACAGUACCUUGGUGAAUGUGUUGUACAUCAUACAACAAUUUGCAGUUGAGGCCCAUGAUCCGAUAGUUGAAGCACUAGUAACAGAAGCAUGGGAGAGACUGGAAAGGUUUGAUAUGAAUGUGCUGUCAAUGUUUUCCACAUGCCUAGCAGAUCAGCAUUUGUACUGUAGUCCAUUAAUGGGAGAAAUAGCUGCUAUUGUAAAUAGGAACUUAGAAACCAUAAAGGAUUUAAGGUCCUUGUCUGUCUUGAUGGUCAGCAUAUCUGCUUUAAUAUCACGGUGUUUUCAAGAACAAUUAGUGAAAAAAGCAGAGCUACUUUUUGACACUGUAGAUGCUUCCAAUGUCAAUGUUUCAAGAAGAAUAGUUCAGUUUCUUCGAAAUGUUAAACAUAGUUAUUAUCCACUAUUAGAGAAAUGUAAUAAAGUGUUUUUAAGCAAUAUAAACCACCUUAAUUUGGAUUCUAUCAGUAAAAUACUUGGUUUCUAUCAAGUUCUGCAGUUCCAUAGUUUUGAAUUUACUAUAAUGGCUAAAAAGAGGCUAUCAGAGAUGAUUCCUCUGUCUGAUCACCCUGAUAACUUUGUAAAAUUGUUUGUCACAUUGGGACCAAUAGCAGGACCUGAAGAAAAGAAACGACUUCAGUCAACUCUGUUAUUGAUGUCAGAGGAGCUGACCAGCCAGCAAGCCUUGGCAGUGGUGGGAGCAAUGGAAGCUAUGGAAAGCAGAAACUCACAUUUGAUUAAAAAAAUUGCUUCCGUUCUGCAUAAAUAUUUGGAUAACUAUAAGCCGCUAGAGUUAUUGAGGAUAACUCAAGCAUUGAUAUUUCUACAGUUUCAAAGUAAGGAGCUUUUUGUGAAACUAAGAGACUUACUGCUUAGUUCUUUGAAAGUCAGUGUGAUACCAAGUGAGGUUUCCAUUCUGGUCUGUGCCAUUUCCAUGCUUCCUUCUCCUCACAUAAGUGAAGAGGGGACAUCCCGAAUUGAAGCUGUUUUACCACAGUGUAACCUCAGUGAACUGGAUGAUUUUGCCUCUUCUAUUUUAAGAUGGAUUCAGUAUGAUCACAGGUGUUCGACUAGAAUUACUGGGAAACAGCUGAAACUACUUCAAAAAUUAGAUCUUCAUGGUCUUCAGAUAUUACAAGAAAGAAGCAAUUUUAAUAUGUUUUGGAAGGAACUUAAAUAUAUAAAAGGAGACUGGCUUUGUGAAUCACUUCUUGAGGAAACAAUUGAUACUUUACAGCAUUUGAUGGAUGAAAUUAAUUACACAAACAUUUCUGGAGUUGCCUCUUUUAUUUCUAGAACUAACUACCUCAGUAGUCUACUUCUGGACAGAAUAGCCUCAGUGGUGGUUCAGCAGAUUGAAAAGUUAGGCAUAUUGGAUCCUCUUGUGUUAGUAUUUCUUGGUUUCUCCUUGGCCAUUCUUGAAUAUUUUCCAGAAGACCUGCUGAAGACAAUUUUUAAUAUCAAAUUCUUAGCCAAAUUAGAUUCUCAACUUGAAAUUUUACCUUCAUCUCUACGAGAAAGGGUCCAAUUUCGUCUAAUGGAGUUAAAUAGAGCAGUCUGCCUGGAAUGCCCUGAGUUUGAAAUUCCAUGGUUUCAUGAUCGUUUUUGUCAACAACUGUUUAAUAAAGAUACAGGCAAUAUGAGUUUAGCACAACAAGAAAUUUACAGAAUGUUAGCAGACAUACUUGGAGGAGUCAAUUGUGUGAAAGCUUCCACUCUUUCUCCUUAUUAUUACACAGUCGAUUUUGAAUGUAUCUUGGAUAAGAGAAAAAGACCUCUUCCUUGUGGAAACCGUAAUAUAACAGUGGGGAAGCAACCUGGCAUGUAUUGGGAACCAAGUACCCAAAUAGUUGGAUCAGCUCUUCCACCAGGAGCUGAAAGGAUUGCUUUUGAAUUUUUGGAUUCAAGAGCUUUUUGUAGAAAUCUCCCUCACUUAAAAGGAAAGUCUGCUAUGAAAAAACGACAUCUGGAAAUUUUGGGCUAUCACGUCAUUCAGAUCCCUCAUUUUGAAUGGAACUCUAUGGCAAUGUCCAAAAAGGAGGCCCGGAUAAGAUACCUGAGAGAACAUAUAUUUGGAACAGAAAAAUCAUGAUUGUAGUUUUUAUUUAAAAUGAGUUGUGUAUGUCACGUUUGUAUUUGUUUUAAUUAGGUGACUAAAUUAAAAAUCAUAGGUGCACAUAUCCUGA